AUGGAGCGUUUACCGCGAUGGCGAAAUGCUGUUCCAAUGCUAGACAUGCAGGCAGAGAUAGUUGCGAGAACCUUCGUCCCUCACUGGAUUUCAAGGUUUGGUACACUGGCGACCAUUACAACCGACAGAUACUGGCAGUUCGAAUCCGAUCCUUUUGCCCAACUAUCCAAAUUAUUAGGACCGAAAAGGAUUAACAUGUGCACCUACCACACGCAAGCGAACGGUUCGGUAGAAUGCUUUCGCCGUUAG